UAGAGAGUGACCGACCUGGACGGACCGCAGCCAGACUGGAUACCUGACGGAGGAUCAGGAGAUGACACAACCAAAGACAUGAGGCUGCAGCAGCUCAACGGACCAGUCCCAACCUGAAGCUUUAGUACCUGAGACCACGACCCGACCAAAGCACUUCCAAACCGAAGCAGCGGAAACCAAACCGGAUCCAGCGUCUACGGAACCAACGGAGAGCAUGAAGCUGGAGAGCCCACCGAUGGACACGAGCGACUGGAGGGAGGCCGACCUGGCCCUCAACUGCACCUACAUCGUCCCGGACCAGGUGUCGGAGCCCGGCUUCAGCCUGCCCAAAGCCAUGACCUCCGUCCCCCGGAACCUGGCCUUCGACUACGGCAGCGACAACGAGGUGACAGGUGUGUUCAGCAAAGAAUACAUCCCUCUGGGCACCCGCUUCGGGCCCCUGCAGGGAGACAUCUACACCAAAGACAACGUCCCCAAGCAGGCCAACAGAAAGUACUUCUGGAGGAUUUACAACGGGGGGAAGCUUCAGCACUUCAUCGAUGGCUACGACGUCCACAGGAGCAACUGGAUGCGCUAUGUCAACCCGGCGCGCUACCCGGCCGAGCAGAACCUGGUGGCCUGCCAGAACGGCCGGGACAUCUACUUCUACACGACCCGGGCCGUGGAGCCGCGGCAGGAGCUGCUGGUGUGGUACAGCCGCGAGUUCGCCCAGAGACUCUGCAGCCAGCAGGACGAGCCAGGCCACGAGCGAAUCGAGGAGGAGGCGGUGAAAGUGGCGCCACUUUUUCAGACGUGGCUAAAGGACAGUGAGGAGAAGGUCACCAUGGAGAUGCUGGACAGAGACACACCCCCCGACACCCCCGACGACCAGGUCAUGGACUUCAGCCGGAAGGUGGAGAAGGAAGACCCGGAUACGGAGCGGAGGGACCCCGGUCUGGGCCUGACCCCCCCGUACCCCCCCCACCAGCCAGGCCCACACAGAAACCUGCCCCUCCACCUGCACGGCGUGGUCCCCUCCUACCCCCUCUACCCCCAGUCCAGACCCCUCCAGCCCUCCUACCAGUUCCUCCCCUCCUACGGCCCCCCCUACUCCCGCCUCCUGGUGCCCCCCUACCCCGCCGCCCUCUCGGGGGUGCUGUCCUCUCGGGGGUCCCUCCGGUACGGCAGCUACCUGGGCACCGACGGCCUCCCCUACCCCCCCGUCGGCCCCCCGAACCUGCUCCCGAUGCCCCUGCCCUACGCUCCGGCGACUCACGGGAGCCUGAAGGAGCUGACGCCCAACGUCUCGCCACCCAGGGGUGCCCCGGCCACCCCGGAGCUGUCCCCGGCCCCGAAGCCCGACCCCCAGUCCAACGAGGCGUCGCCGCUCAGCUGCGAGGAGGCCGUGAACCUCAGCGUGAGCGCCGCCGGCAGGGGCGGCCCCCCGCCGCGCAACGGCCCCGGACACAAGGCGCUGCCGUACCCGCUCAAGAAGCAGAACGGGAAGAUCAAGUACGAGUGCAACGUCUGCUCCAAGACCUUCGGCCAGCUGUCCAACCUCAAGGUCCACCUCCGAGUGCACAGCGGCGAGCGGCCGUUCCAGUGCAACCUGUGUAAGAAGAGCUUCACUCAGCUGGCCCACCUGCAGAAGCACCACCUGGUCCACACAGGCGAGAAGCCGCACGAGUGCCAGGUGUGCCACAAACGCUUCAGCAGCACCAGCAACCUGAAGACACACCUGCGGCUGCACUCGGGGGAGAAGCCGUACCAGUGCAAGCUCUGCAGCACCAAGUUCACCCAGUACAUCCACCUCAAGCUGCACCGGCGCCUGCACAGCGGCCGCGAGCGCCCGCACCGCUGCCCGCUCUGCGCCUGUGCCUUCUUCCACGGCUUCUCCCUGCGCUUGCACCAGCGGGGCUGCUGCCCGGCCGGCCCCGCCCCCAGCCCCGCCCCCUUCGCCGAGAUGCUGGAGCGCUUCGACGCCAGCCAGGAGGCGGACGCGCUGGUGGACGCAGCGCCGGCCUCCCAGGUGGCCGAGGCGGCAGAGCGCUGGCUGGCCCGGACGCUGGAGGGGGAGGGGAAGGAGGACCAGAAGGAGGCCACGGUACUGCUCAGGGCCCUGACGGCGGCGGUACCUGGGAACCACGCGGCCUAUCAGGACAGAGCCAGCGUGGUGCACCUCCACGCACGGCCUGUGGUGAAAACAGAAGGACAGUGAGAACAAACACGCCAAAUCCAGUUCACAUCGGGACUCCUCCUGGUCCAACAAGCACAGCACCAAAGGACCCAGCCGCACAUCUGUGGGUUCCACCCGGGUCAAAAGUGGGCUCCAAAUAUGGAUCUUGAGUGGGCCAUCAGAGACCAUCAGAGACAUUUACCCACUUAUAACCCACUCUGGACCCACGUAGCCCACUUUUAGCCCAGAACGUUCCACACGGACGUGCCAGCUGGGGAACAGCACUCCAAAGACUGAACCAAUCUGAAGCUGUGAACUAAAACCUUUCACUCAGGUAGAAAGUUGUUGCUUAUUCUGCUUUAACUUAUUUCCGUUGAAGAUGGACUUAUAUUUAUUUAGUUGUGUCAUAGAUUGUUUUUUUUUCCUUAGUUUUUGGGGAGAUUUGUUUGGAAAACCAUAGAUGGCCUCUGGUUCUGGACACCAGGACAGUUUCUACGGCACAAACUCAUUGGUGUGUGAUUGUUUUAUUUAUUUAUGUCAUAAAGGGACAAAAAUCCAUCGGGAUAAUGAGCAUUUGCCAAACUUCCAGACAUGAAUGUGCAGCACUGUUUUAGGGUUUCCCAGCUUCACGGAGGAGAGAAGAGAUUCAGACAAAGACUUCUUCAGCUUUUGUGACUGUGCUGAAUGAAACCUGAAGCUACCAAAAAGACGAACCCAGCAGGUUUGUCCUUCCUCUCUCACCGGAUUCCCAUGUUUGAGAAAUAUAAUAUUUUUUCAACCAGAAAGCUUUACCGCAAAUGUCUGUAAACAGCAGCUUCGUCCAAAUCAGACUCCAGACGUCAGGACCUCGUAAUAAGCAGUGGAGAUGAGUUCAUAGCUUUUGAAUUAGUCAAGUAGUGCUGUGAUCAAAGAAAACAGACCUGACUGAUGCUUUUACUCUGAAAAGCUGUAAAUACUUCCUCCUUCAGUCAGACAUGUCCUUCCUUUUUUUGUAGUUUUCUACUUUUGUACAGUACAUUUGUUUACGUAGUUUAUUUUUUGUUACAAGAUGUUCAGAAUUUAUACGUGAGAGAAUAUUUUGGUGAAACUUUUCUAUUUACAUGAUGU